AAAAACCGAUGCGAAAUUUUACUACAAGUUGAUUCAUGUUGGUCGAGGAAGAAACACGAUCGUCUUCUUAGAUUUACUGCUAAAAAAUAAUGCAUGUGCUUCUCUUAUUGGAUUGUAAAUUCUCAAUUCUCCCAACCUAACCUUGCGUGUAAAGCUUCCCAAGAUAAGACUAAACAAAUCGAAAUAUUUAUACUUCAACAUUGAGUCAGAGCUGAACCUCACGGCUUACUCGGAGUGUAUACGUCUUUCAUUGCAAACGCUUGAUCAAAAAACCUGUUUACCUGUUUAUCAUCAGGAAGUCGAGGUUUGGCCCGUGCAUUUCAUCAUGUGUCGAAAUUGCCUUUUGCCACAGUGGAGUGAACCCAUCGAAGUUGAUGUAGCAUCUUUGCCAACGUAUUUUUCAAAAGAGCAGAGCUGGAAUUUCGAGCGUUUAAACUUUGGAAAUGGCACUAUAAUCGACACGGUCGAUGGUAAGGGCGCACGACCGUCGAUAACUGGUCGUGUCGGUUGUCGACUUCGUGAUGGCUUUCUGUUAAAACCAAACCCGCAUUUUCCUGGAGGAAGGUAUCUCCUCGUUAGCGAGGUGCUUUAUUGUCCUGGCCGACGUUAUGGUUGUACACCUCGCAGUAAUUGUACUGGAAAACGACGUUUUUGUCAUGCUUUAUGCAAACUUUCGAUUUUCGCUGAUAAACCAAGUACUGCGUUUAUCUACUAUUCUGGUUCACAUGGCACCGGUGAUGUUUCCUCUUCAGAAAAACAUAGACCAAACAAGCAAAUGUUGGAUGAGCUACGAAGGCUUAGAGUGGAACAGUCGAUAACUCCUUCACAAGGUUAUGAGUGGUGCAAGGCCUAUUUUGCUCAACAUAACUUAGAUGAAAAGACCAUGCCAACAAAGCAACAAAUCAAAAGUGUUUUUAAGCGUGCAUCACUAAAACAGUCCAAAUUACGAGAGUCUCUAAAAGUAAAGGAAGAAACAAGCUCUUCUGGCAUUCAAUCUGCCUCACAGGAAUCUGGCAAUAGUUUGGCAACCUCCCUUUUUAAAUUUUCCCAAAUGCCUUUGACAGAAAAUGGUGAAAAUGAGAUGACAUCAGAGAGUGCUAGCAACACAUCCUACAUCAGUGUCUCCCAAGAUGGAACUACAAUCAAUGUCUCAUCUUCUUUUACCCCAGGUGGUACUCCUGUAUCAAUCGGUGCACUUUCAAAAAUUUUUGGUUCAUCUCUGUUCACUACUGCAGUUUCUCUACCAAAUCAAGCGGCUGCAGUUUCUACUGAUCAAACUGCAUUGCAAAGUUUGGCUGAGAAUAAUCAUAAUAAAGUUGUUGGAUUGGUGACAAGUCCAAGGACACUGGAUGGCGAAAAGGACACGGAUAAGCUUAAAGAACACAUUCGCAUUUUGCAAGAUGAGAAUUUCACGAGAAUUGCGCAAAUUGCCGAACUGCAAGUUGAGUUAAAUAAUUUAAAGGUGCAGAUUAUGGAACUAAAAGAGGACAAUUUGAAGAAAGCCAUUCAUAUCGCUCAGUUAGAGCGUGACAGGAGAUCGGGACAGGUCUUAGAUGUGGAAGGGCAAGGUUUGGAGAGUUCCCAAAAUAUGGAGCAAGAAAACUUAGUAACCAAUGGUGAGGAGACUGUGGUUAUUGAGGAAUCACAAGGAUCAACUGUGGAUGUUGCGGAUAAUGAUAAUGAAAAUGUAGAAACGUCCGUUUAUCAACAAGAGGUAUGCAAUACUCGAAUGACGGUUGCUGAACCUGAUCUUACAGGAAGUCACGAUUCAAGCGAAGCAAUACCACAGCCAAUACAGAAUGCGGUUGUUGAUGUCAACCCUCCAGCUAUUGUGGCUUCACAAGAGGUUCAAUUAUAGUAGUGUUUGUUUUAUACAUUUGAUGAAAGUUUUCCAAAAGCACUCAGAAGUCACAUGACGAUGGUCGUACUGGAAUGGUCGUGUCACAAUCAUGUCCAUUGGAUGGAAUGAUAUUAAUUCAAACCACAAAACUACGUAAAAAGUACAAACUAGUUGAAAAAAGUUUCUGGAAGAAGGAAAACUGUGUUGAAAGCAAAUAUUCGUUGGAAGAAAGAAGACUUACCCAUUACAAGAAAAGAAGUCGUUUUUUAUUGGGAAAUCUCUGAAAAAUACAGCGUUGUUUUUUAAAUAGAAAAAAUAAAUAAAAUAAUUAAGGUUUGUAUGUACAAACAAUUUAUAUUCAUUAUCUCUUGGGAGGUAUUAACUAUAAAUUUCUUCAGACAAUAUUUUCUGAAAUGAUUACAUUGUACAUGCAAUGAUUAA